AUGGAUGGAAUGAACGCCAAGAAGACCGUCUUCGUCAUUGACGCCACCAAUAGACCUGACAUAAUUGAUCCUGCGCUUUUGAGGCCUGGGAGACUUGAUCAAUUGACUUACAUUCCUCUCCCUGAUGAAGAUUCCAGGCACCAGAUUUUCAAGGCAUGCCUAAGGAAAUCCCCGGUUUCUAAGGAUGUGGGCUUGGAAGCUCUAGCCAAGUUCACUCAAGGAUUUAGUGGUGCUGACAUAACAGAGAUUUGCCAAUUAACGCCCCUGCAGGAUGAUGCGGAAGAAGAAGUUGCUGAAAUCAAAGCUGCUCACUUUGAGGAGUCGAUGAAAUUUGCCCGUAGGAGCGUCAGCAAUGCCGACAUACCGAAAUAUGAGGCUUUCGCUCAAACUCUUCACCAGUCUAGAGGAUUUGGCUCUGAAUUCCGAUUCUCAGACGCAGCCGGGGCUACAGCAGCGGACCCGUUUGCAUCUUCCGCUGGUGGAGCUGAUGAUGAUGAGGUCUAUAAUUAG